GCUCUGGAAACGCUCCAGCGAUAUAAAUCCAUUGUCCGGCACAUUCACACCAGUCUGCGGUCGGCUCCUCGUGCUCAUUAAACAGCUGCCUUUUUUUGCUACCCAUUGUAAAACUUUUGCAUCCAUAAUGAGGGAAAUCGUGCACAUCCAGGCCGGCCAGUGCGGUAACCAGAUUGGUGCCAAGUUCUGGGAAGUGAUCAGUGAUGAGCAUGGCAUCGAUCCCACGGGGACUUACCAUGGAGACAGUGACCUGCAGCUGGACAGGAUCAGUGUUUACUAUAAUGAGGCCACAGGAGGUAAAUACGUGCCUCGAGCCAUUCUGGUGGACUUGGAGCCUGGCACCAUGGACUCUGUGAGGUCUGGACCCUUUGGUCAGAUCUUCAGACCUGACAAUUUCGUGUUCGGUCAGAGUGGUGCUGGAAACAACUGGGCCAAGGGUCACUACACAGAGGGAGCCGAGCUGGUGGACUCAGUCCUGGAUGUGGUCCGCAAAGAAUCAGAGAGCUGUGACUGCCUGCAGGGUUUCCAGCUCACCCACUCACUUGGUGGAGGAACUGGAUCUGGUAUGGGAACCCUGCUCAUCAGCAAGAUCCGCGAAGAGUACCCAGACCGUAUUAUGAACACCUUCAGUGUGGUGCCUUCCCCCAAGGUGUCAGACACUGUGGUCGAGCCUUACAACGCCACCCUGUCAGUCCACCAGCUUGUAGAGAACACAGAUGAAACCUACUGCAUCGAUAACGAGGCUCUGUAUGACAUUUGCUUCCGCACCCUGAAACUAACCACACCCACCUACGGAGACCUUAACCAUCUGGUGUCCGCCACUAUGAGCGGGGUCACCACCUGCCUCCGCUUCCCUGGCCAGCUCAAUGCAGAUCUGCGCAAACUGGCCGUCAACAUGGUGCCUUUCCCUCGUUUGCACUUCUUCAUGCCUGGCUUCGCUCCUCUGACCAGCAGGGGCAGCCAGCAGUACCGCGCCCUCACAGUUCCCGAGCUCACCCAGCAGGUGUUUGAUGCCAAGAAUAUGAUGGCCGCGUGCGAUCCACGCCACGGCCGCUACCUGACAGUUGCCGCCGUGUUCCGUGGCCGCAUGUCCAUGAAGGAGGUCGAUGAGCAGAUGCUCAAUGUGCAGAACAAGAACAGCAGCUACUUCGUUGAAUGGAUCCCCAACAAUGUCAAGACCGCAGUUUGCGAUAUUCCACCCCGUGGCCUCAAGAUGGCCGUCACUUUCAUCGGCAACAGCACUGCUAUCCAGGAGCUGUUCAAGCGCAUCUCCGAGCAGUUCACAGCCAUGUUCCGCCGUAAGGCCUUCUUGCACUGGUACACAGGGGAAGGUAUGGAUGAGAUGGAGUUCACUGAAGCGGAGAGCAACAUGAAUGACCUGGUGUCAGAGUACCAGCAGUACCAGGAUGCCACUGCAGAGGAAGAGGGUGAAUUUGAGGAGGAAGCUGAAGAGGAUGCUUAAAGGUCAAGAUGUGAAGGUCAAGAAAUCAUCGCCAAAACAGAAAAUAAUCAAAACGGAACAACCACAAGUAACCAAGAAACCAACAUAGUGUCAAGAUCACUGCUAGAAUAAAAUUUUAGUGUCUGUUAGUUUUACCUUGUCAUUGAGUGCAAAUAAAGUUGUCGACUGAGAA